AUGGACGCCGGCGACCCUGAGCGGGACCAGGCGCUCGAAGACUAUAAAAAGAGCUUGCUCGAGCUUCGAGAAUGGGAGGCCAAACUGAAGACUCUGCGCAUGGGAAUCAAGGAUCUCCAACGGGAGUUUGAUAUCUCUGAAGAGAACAUCAAGGCACUACAAAGUGUUGGUCAGAUCAUCGGCGAGGUGUUGAAACAGUUGGAUGAAGAGCGAUUCAUCGUCAAGGCGUCAUCGGGACCGCGAUACGUGGUUGGCUGUCGGUCGAAGGUCGACAAGGCGAAGAUGAAGCAGGGCACCCGUGUGGCCCUGGAUAUGACAACACUCACUAUCAUGCGAAUGCUACCUCGCGAGGUCGACCCCAUGGUUUACAACAUGUCCUUGGAAGAUCCUGGUCAGGUGAACUUCGCCGGAAUCGGUGGUCUUAAUGACCAAAUCAGAGAGCUGCGGGAAGUCAUCGAACUGCCAUUGAAGAACCCGGAGCUCUUCCUCCGCGUGGGAAUCAAGCCUCCCAAGGGUGUUUUGCUCUAUGGUCCUCCGGGUACUGGUAAGACACUGCUUGCCCGAGCAGUGGCUAGCUCCAUCGAAACCAACUUCUUGAAAGUUGUCUCCUCUGCCAUUGUUGAUAAAUAUAUCGGUGAAUCCGCUCGCCUGAUCCGAGAGAUGUUCGGUUAUGCCAAGGAACAUGAGCCAUGUAUCAUCUUCAUGGACGAGAUUGACGCUAUUGGUGGUCGACGAUUCUCGGAGGGUACAUCAGCAGAUCGUGAGAUUCAACGAACAUUGAUGGAAUUGUUGAAUCAGCUAGAUGGUUUCGACUACUUGGGCAAGACAAAGAUCAUCAUGGCUACCAACCGACCGGAUACCCUCGACCCGGCCUUGCUCCGUGCUGGUCGUUUGGACCGCAAGAUUGAAAUUCCUCUUCCCAAUGAGGUUGGACGUCUUGAGAUCUUGAAGAUUCACUCCAGCACGGUUCAAAUGGAGGGAGAUAUUGACUUCGAGAGCGUUGUCAAGAUGAGUGACGGUCUUAACGGUGCCGAUCUACGUAAUGUGGUCACUGAGGCGGGUCUGUUCACCAUCAAGGAUUACCGUGAUGCCAUCAACCAGGAUGACUUCAACAAGGCUGUCCGAAAGGUGGCCGAGGCGAAGAAGCUGGAGGGCAAGUUGGAAUACCAGAAGCUGUAA